AUGACGCGCCUCGCUCGUCCAGCGGCAUCUGCAUCGGACCGCACAGACGAUGAGCGCACACCCCUGCUCGCCUCGUCCAGCAACCAGGGCAGCGCCAACAUAGGCGACCCUCCCGCCACUGCCAUCGAUCGAGAUGACGACGAAGACGCCGCCGAAGACGAGCUCGACUUUGACGCCAGGUUCCGCAAGUGGAAGGCGGCCGUCGCCCAAAAGUUCCGCCGCUCGAAUCGAAGCAAGAAGCGCCACCCCAAGGUCCUCGUCUCGGUCUUUGACGGCGUCGACGGCUCCAGGCAGCUGCUCACCAUCCUGACCGAGGCCAAGAGGCAGCAGCGCAUCCGCUCCGCCGGUCACGAUGCCACGCUCAUGUCCGGCAGCGAGUUUGAGCAGCAGGUCAGGCAGGUCAAGAGGGCAAUCGAGCAGGGCAUCUAUCCCAAGAUGAUCACCACCGGCUCGAGCGGGUCCUACUUUGUCCGCGUGCCGAAUGGCGACGCCACCUCGACCGCCGCAGCGACCACCACCACCACCGUGGCCGUAUUCAAGCCCAAGGACGAGGAGCCCUACGGCAACCUCAACCCGAAGCGCCAGUUCGUCCGCAAAUACCUUUGGUGGGCCAUGGGCCGCCCCUGCCUGAUCCCGAACUUUUCGUACCUGAGCGAGGUGGGCGCCUCCUACCUCGACUCGCGCCUCGUCCUGCAGAUGGUGCCGAGGACGGAGCUGGUCGAGCUCUCGUCGCCCUCGUUCCACUAUGCCUACGCCGACCGCAAGGCGUUUGAGACCAGCGGCAAGCGCCUGCCCGAAAAGAUCGGCAGCUACCAGACGUUCCUCAAUGGCUACGUCAUGGCCUCUGACUUUCUCCGCAAGCAUCCAUGGCCGUCGCGGUCCCGCAGCCUCGCGCUCAUGUUGCGCGACUUUGACGACGAGCGGCAGGCGCACAAGGUCAGCCGCAAGCAGGAAAAGGCAAGGCUGCGCAAGUGCGGCAUCGCCCUAAAGCGCCUGCUCCUCUGCCGGACCGGCUUCGACGAGCCAUCGCCGCAGGACGAGGAGGACGCUUUCGCCCACCCAUCGACCGCCGCCGACGGCGGCACCCAUCGUGCGACGUCCGAGCAGCCGCACGGCGCUGCGACGAUGUCCCUGGCAGACGGCGCAGCCGAUGCCUCCUCGAUCGAUGCCUUCGUCUGGACCCCGCAUCGCAUGCAGAGCUUCCGCCUGGAGCUCGAGAAGCUCGUCGUGCUCGACUUUCUCAUGCGCAACACCGACCGCGGCCUGGACAACUUCAUGGUGCACCACGACGCGGCCACAGACGAGAUCAAGAUCGGCGCCAUCGACAACUCGCUCUCCUUCCCCAUCAAGCACCCCAACGAGAUCCGCCAGUAUCCGUUCGGCUGGCUGUGGCUCCCCUCGGACCUCAUCGGUCUGCCCUUCUCCCAGUCGACCCGGCAGCACUUCCUUCCCAUCCUCAACGACCCGCUCUGGUGGCAGGACACGGUCCACGGCCUUCGCACGAUCUUCGCAAAGGACCCGCACUUCGACGAGGCCAAGUUUGAGCGACAGAUCAGCGUGAUGAAGGGCCAGGCCUGGAACCUCGUCAGGAGCUUGGAGAACUCGGACGAAGGUCCGCUCGACCUCUGCGCGCGCGAGAAGAAGCUGGUCGUCAAGGAAACGCUCGACGCCACCGAGGACAAGCUUGCUGAGCUGGAAGGCGUCAAGCUCCCCCUCAGUCCAACGGGCCUCGUACGGACCGAUGCGCUUGGCCGCCCAGAUGGCCUCCGGGGGUUGGGCCUGUUCGAUACGCCGAUCAAGCCGAAGUUGACGCGCGACGGCUCGUCCUCGAAAGCGCACUUCGGACCGUAUCCCGGACGGGCAUCCGGCAGCCGCCCAAUCGGCGUGCGCGCCUCGAUGUCGUACCGCCAGGCGCUGAUCUACGCCGCCGGCGGUAUGGCCAGUCCAGCCGAGGGGGCCCAUCCGAGAUCGCUGCCGGAAAACGACCUCACGGAUCCGUUCGAAGACCGUCUCGGGGGAGAGACCGCGGACGACGCUGACGUUUCCGCAUCUCUGCAGCAGUCGAGCACGCACCACCAGCAGCGACCCAGCCUUCAUCAACGCAUCAUGUCGCUGCAGGAGCCCGGAACGACGAGCGCGCUCCUGCUUGGCGAGCCCGGCGGCGACCGAGCCGUCGCGCCGCUCGAUACCCCGCAGCCGGGCUACGACACCGUCGUCGGCAAGACGGGCAUCGAGAUCCUCGAGAGCCUCGACAAGCAGCGCCGAAAGGAGAGCAAGAUCUUGAUCUUUGGCGGACCCGGCCGCAAGCGCUCGUCGACCGAGUCCACGGUCAACACAGUCGACAUCGCCAAGCCGUCGCCAUCCAGAGCCGAGCGCAAAAGGGCCCUCGCUAGCGACGGCCUCGACGACGCCACCGGUGGAGAAGACAUGAUCAGCUCGAUUGUGUCCGACCCAGGCAUGCACCGCCACGGCCUGCACCGCAGGUCAAGCAGCGACGCUGUCCACCGGCGGAUGGCGAGCAGCGGAUACAUCCGUCGGGAAGCGUCUUCGCAGUGGGACGAGGGUGUCUUGUCGGAAGAGGACGAGGAGGACGAGGAAGAGGCGAAUGAUGGGCGUGCAGCGACACCCCGAUACUCGCAGGGCCUCUCCGACCGCGCACAGGGGCGAGGCGGACCGGCCGGCGGCGCAGUCGUGCCCAGCAUCGAAGGCGUCCUUGCGCGUUCCGGCCAAGCCGCCACGCCAGCCGCCCGCGAGAGGACAGGGUCGUCGUCGUCGCGCCGGCAACAUGUCCCGCACCUGCCGCACGCUCGCGCCUUGGCGGUGGCGGUCGACGUUGCAGAUGACGAUGACGGCGGUGAAGACGCCGGUGCGGAGAAGAGCGCCGACCAAGGCAAAGGGGCGCGUGUCGAUCAGCAGGGCAGGCCCGGCGGCACGACCGCUGACGAAGGCGGCGCCACCGCCGUGCAAAACGGCAUGCCAAACAGGAGCACCGGGAGCGGCCCACUCGUCCAAGCGGUGGGUCACAGCAGCAAAGGCAAGAAGGCGGCCAAGCGCAAGAUCAAGGUCGCGGUCGAGCGGCUGGUCUCUGAUACCCGACAGGCUUGGCUGACCUGGAUGUAG